CCCGUCCCCAAUGGCCCCCAGUCGGUCGUCGGGUUGCUCUGGAGGCCUUGCUGAAGAUGAUCAACCCCCUCCGCUCCGCUCCGACACAGGCAGGCGUGAGGGUUUGCACCCUACGCCAUGUCAGAGGAGUCAACAGGAAGCGCGAGCACAGGCUCACACACAGGAUGUGGGCUGUCGAGGUUGCUAAGAGCGAGCGAGCGCUAAGAGGAAGAGAGCGAGCGCGAGAGAGAGAGGGGGGAGGAGGGAGAGACAGCUCAGUGCUCCUAACUCGCUGCCGUCUCACCCUUCUUCGUGAGGUGCGACAGGUGUCGGCACUACUAAGGCACACGUCUGGAGGAUUUUUUUGUGUUGGUUGUUUUUUGUUUGUGGUUUGGGGUGUCAUACAUUUGUAAUCAUCAUGGACUUGUUGAGGUUUUGAGGAAAGCCGAGAGAAGAUGGACUUUGAGGACUCGGAGACUGAUGAGGGUCCUUCCUGGACACCUCUCCCCAGGGAUCGGCUGUCAGCCUGUGCUGGGUUCUCAGACUAUGCAGGAAAGAAAAGGAAACAGGAGCCCCACUCUGAUGCUGAGAGUUUAGCCAGAGCUGCAGAGGACAAUGACGAAGAUGAUCUUGAUAUCAGCUCAGAGUCUCUGAAUGAUUCAGAGGAACCUUGUAACAAAAAGGUCAAACCUGUUGGGAGGAACUCGGGAGUGACGGGGAUAAUAACGCCAGUGAAGACCCCAGCCUUGAAACGCCUUGGACAGUCAAUACAGAGGUCCAUCAGCUUCCGAACGGAGGCCAGGCCGCUGCCAGCCAUGCCACCCAUCCGCUCGCGCCAGAAGGCCUCCUCGUUCCCACGGCGACGCAACAGCCAGCUGUGGAGCGACACGGUGGACUGCCGACCGGGCGAGCUGAGCGCCAGGGAGAUCAAGAGGCAGGAGAUCAUCUAUGAACUCACACAGGGAGAGCGACAGCUCAUAGAGGACCUGAAUCUGGUCAAAAAGGUGUAUUAUGAACCCAUGUUGAAACUGGACAUCCUCACAGAGAGUGAGCUGGGACAGAUCUUCGGCACACUGGACUCCCUCAUCCCCUUACAUGAAGAUUGCCUGACUCGGCUGGAGAGGCUGCGAGGAGCCGAGAAGACAGUGGAGGCGGUGGGGCCCACUUUAAUACAGUGGUUCCCGUGUCUGGAGGCGUACAUCACCUACUGCUGUAACCAGGUGGCAGCCAAGGCGCUGCUGGACCAGAAGAAGCAGGAGCGCCGCGUGGACCAGUUCCUGCGCCUCUGCCAGGAGUCCUCCUUCAGCAGGAAGUUGGACCUCUGGAACUUCCUGGACCUGCCGCGCUCCCGCCUGGUCAAGUACACGCUGCUGCUCAAGGAGAUCAAGAAGUGCACGCCGGCCGACCACCCGGACGAGGACGCGCUGCCCGAAGCCAUCGAGGUGAUCCAGGACAUCGUUUCGCAGGUGGACCAGAAGACGGGUGAGGCCGAGUGCCAGUUCUACCGGCAGGGCCUGAGCUACCUGGAGGACGGCCAACGGGUCCCCGAGAUCAUGCAGUCCAGAUUCAUCUACUGCCACGGGGAACUCAAGAGCACCAAGGGACAGAAGCUGCAUGUGUUCCUGUUUGAGCUGGUGCUGGUGCUGACGCGGCCGAUGGCGUCGGAGCGGGAGGGCACGGUGCAGUUCCAGGUGUACCGCCAUCCGCUCCCCGCCGCCAACCUGCACCUGGAGGACAUCCCCGACGGGGAGCCUGGCAGCUCCGGAUCCUUCCGCGGAGCCUUCACCGGGAACGACAAAGUGAAGAACUGUUUCCGUGUGAGCAGCAGAGGGCGCUCCAAGCCCCAGUCCCACAGUCUGCAGGCCAACGACUCCUUCAACAAGCAGCAGUGGAUCUCCUGCCUGCGCCAGGCCAUGGUCCAGUCGCGCGACGGUCACGCCCACACCGGCCAAUCAGAGCUGGGCAACAUCGCGGAACUCAGCCUGAACUCCGACGUGGAGAUGGUGGGGCAGUAGCAGCAGCAGCAGCAGCGCCCCCUAGAGGACAGAGGUGUGGAGAAUAGGAAGAGAAGCAAGGGGUGGAACUCAACUCCCACACCUAUAGCUGAUGCAAUAAUUUCUUUAUUGCUGUACUUACAUGAAAGUCAUAAAAAGUGCCCCAGAAGUGCAGGUGUUGGCACUGACAAAGGUGACCGAAAACGUUUCACAGUUGUGGGUAGUACUUUUAUAUGUGCAUAGCAAUUAAGAAAUGAUUGCAUCAGCUACCAACCAGUUUGAGAGUUCCACUCCUUGCUUCUAUGGAUUAUCGCUUUGCAAUCAACGCACCCAUUAGGACUGUAGUUACUGGUGUGACACCUGCUCUGUCAUAAUAACAAGUUCAGACAAUAAAAAAAACCUCCCUGCCACAUUUGAUCUAACCAGCCCGGAGUCAGCUGAUUUGAUUCAGCUGAAAUUAAUACUGGAGACAGAUAGUCCAGUUACUCAGUCACCUGUGCUGAAAGGAAACUGUGGAGGGCCUUUUUUUGUUUUUUGUUUGUUUCUGAACCGGAUUUUGACACCUCUGCUUAGAGGACACGUAGGAACAUUCAUAAAGGGGGAAAAAAUGGUCCUUGCGAUGACCAACUCCACAGUACCAUGAGGAGAUGCUACUGUUUGAAAACUGUGUGAACUUUCCUUCAAGCAUCCCUUUGCUGUACAUCAAUUCAUUAUGGCUGAUGCUGUGACCAGUGCCCUCGGUUACGGAGGGACAUCAUUUUUAAGAGGAAAUAACCAGAAGAAUGUAUUUGAUUGUGAAUGUUGUGUGGUUGCAAGAUGUGAUAUAUUUUUAAUCUUCAAUCUUUGACGUUAUGAGAUGUAGCUUGUGAUAUUUUAGAGCCUACUUAUUUGAUGUCUACAAUUGAAAUAUGAAAUGAAAUAUUCUUUAUAACAUUUUAUAAGAAAAUAAAAUAAACUGACAUAAAUGCAGCCUUGAGUUUCUACUCCAUCUAAUCCACAUAAAUGUAGCAACC